GAAAGAGCGGCCUGCGGGGGCGGGCGCUGCGUGCCCGCUCCGUAAUGCUUUAUAAAUGAGCCACGGGGCACGGAAUGGAACAGGACAGCCUCUCCCGGCUUUCUUCAUGUAGCCUAGAGUUUGUUGUUUUGUAGCAGCUCUAUUUGUUUCGAUUCAAAGUUUGAUUUUUAUUUUUCCUUCUCUAGCAUCUCCACCCUGCUAAGACACUGGACGCUGCUUCCUUUACAGCAAAGAAAAUCUGAAUUCCUCCAACGCUCAGGAUGGGGAAAGAUUACUAUUCUAUCCUGGGAAUUGAAAAAGGGGCUUCUGACGAGGAUAUCAAAAAGGCUUACAGAAAACAAGCGCUGAAAUGGCAUCCAGAUAAGAACAAAUCUCCCCAUGCAGAAGAAAAGUUCAAAGAGGUUGCAGAAGCUUAUGAAGUGCUGAGUGAUCCCAAAAAGAGAGAUAUUUAUGAUCAGUUUGGGGAGGAAGGUCUUAAAGGAGGAGCUGGAGGAUCUGAUGGCCAGGGCGGCACCUUCCGGUACUCCUUCCAUGGAGACCCACACGCUACAUUUGCAGCUUUCUUUGGUGGCACAAAUCCUUUUGAGAUCUUCUUUGGGAGGAGGAUGCCUGGUGGCAGAGACACUGAAGACAUGGAGGUGGAUGGUGACCCAUUUGGAUCCUUCAGUAGUUUCAGUAUGAAUGGUUUUCCAAGGGAAAGGAAUACAGUUGGCAGCCAGUUACGUCGUAAACAAGAUCCCCCUGUAAUCCAUGAACUGAAAGUGUCACUGGAAGAGAUCUAUCAUGGCUGCACGAAAAGAAUGAGGAUUUCACGCAAAAGGCUUAACCCAGAUGGCAGAAGCGUCCGAACAGAGGACAAAAUCCUCACUAUUGAGAUCAAAAGAGGAUGGAAAGAAGGCACCAAGAUCACUUUUCCAAAAGAAGGCGAUGAAACACCCAACACGAUUCCAGCUGAUAUUGUUUUUAUCAUUAAAGAUAAACCUCACUCUCAUUUCAAGAGAGAUGGAUCAAAUAUUGUCUAUCCUGUUAAGAUCAGCUUAAGGGAGGCUUUGUGUGGCAGCUCUUUCAACGUGCCAACGAUAGAAGGAAGAACCAUACCCAUGACAGUCAAUGAAGUGGUAAAGCCUGGGAUGAGAAGAAGAAUUAUAGGAUAUGGUUUGCCAUUUCCCAAAAAUCCUGACCAACGGGGAGACUUAAUUAUAGAGUUUGAAGUAAUUUUCCCAGAUAACAUUUCUCCAGCAUCAAAAGAAGUACUUAGGCGAAAUCUUCCAGUUUCAUAAAAUGGAAGACUGUGUAUGUCAACAGAUUAAAAUAGGACACUGGAAAUGCAGAAGACUGGCGAGUCUGCUUUAAAAGUGCAAUCUGUAACACCUAGUGGAAUCUUUGGUUUUUUUUGUUUUGUGGGAUGGGUGGGGGGAAAAUUCUGUAAUGCUGCAUGAGAAGAAAAGGGUUUAAGUAGAAGUCCUACAGAUGAAUUCUGCAGUAAAAAUUACAGGGAAAACCACUCAUUUUGUUUUACAUCUUCCUAAUCAGCAAUGUUUAGUCAUUAUUUUGCUUAAUAUAAUUACAGUAAUUUUUUUACAAAGUCAGUGCAUAUUUCUGAUACAGUACUUGAACCUCCAAGUACAUUAUUUCUUAUAUCCUCACCGUGUCUAUAACAUUACACAUUUAUACAGAAAUUUUAAAUCAUAGUAGAGAUACACAAAGGUAUAAAUAUUUUAAAGAGCACAUGAGAGAGAUCAUUUCAGUAUGUUGCCUUCCACUGCACAAAGCAUAGGCCAGAAAAAUCAGCUUGGACUCCUGACCAGCUCCCCUGUGCAAUGAAAGCAUUCUCUUUAUUGCCUCCAGAAGUGUCAGGACUGCAUUGUGGGUGUGGCCAAGGGCACAUGGCGUGAGGAGGCAGAGUCGCCAUUUGCUGUGGGAUGGUUCCUCAGCCUUCAGGCAGAAUAGCAAGAAGGGUUCUUCAGGGACAAGAACAGCAAAUAUGAGCCUGCUGUUGAAUGGGGCAGGGAAGCUGGUGACCAAUGACAUGGAGAAGGCUGAGGUACUCUGUGUUGCCUUUGCAUCAGUCACUACCAGUAAAACAAGCAUGCAGAAAUUCCCGGCCCCUGAGACUAGUGGGGAAAUCUGGAACCUUGGUUGGUGGUGGAGGAUUGGGUUAGGGUGCACUUUACCUGGAAUUCUGUGAGCCUGGCAGAUUGCACCCUAAGUGUUGAGGGAGCUGGCUAAGCCAUUGCAGGGCCACUCUUGAUUAUCUUUCAAUGGCCAGGGGGAUUAAGAGAUGUUCCAGUAGACUAGAAAAGAGAAAAUACCACUCUUCAAAAAAACCAAGAAGGAAGAUUUGGGAAUCCACAAGCUAAUCAGCUUCACCUAAGGCCUUGAUAAUAUGAUGGAAAAGAAUCCUCCUGGAGAGCAUUUCUAAAAGGUGGUCGGGGUAGCCAGCAUAGUUGUACAACAGGGAAAUCUUGCUGGACCAGUCUUACUGCCAUCUCCAAUAAGCUUUGGGGAUUUGGGAGAACAGUCUGAGUUGUUUACCUUUUACAUCAGCAGGCAGACUGGUGAAGUACAGGUUGGAUAAGUGGGAAGUGAGAUGGAUUAAAAGCUGGCUGCAUGAUGGGGCACAGGGAGUUUAAUCAGUGGCACCAAGUCCAGUUGGAGGCUACUUAGUGGUGUACCCUCUGGCUGAGUACUGGGGCCAACACUAGUCAUCAUCAUUAAUGACCUGAAUUAUGGGAUGGAGUUUACAAACCAUAUAAGAUGGGAGGAGUAGCAGUACCACCAGCUGAUGGUCCUGCCUUUCUGAGGGGCCCAGACAGGCUGAAGAACUGGACACAGGAUUCUCACCAAGUUCUGUAAGGGGCAGUGCUCCACUGGGGAGUAACUGGCCAGCAGCCUGUCAGUAAACUGAUUGUGAGCUGGCAAUGCAGCCUUGUGGCAGCAGAGGCCAAAGCUUUGCUAGCAGGUGAGGGGAGAUGAUCCUUCCUCAUUACUCAGCACUGAUGAGCAUCCAUCUGGAGUGCUGGACUCCCUGGUACUUGAAGGAUACAAACUUAGUGGAGCAGCUCUAGCACAGAACCACGUGUGAGAAGCUGAGAGAGCUGGAACUUGCAGACAUGGGAAAGAAAAGAGUUGGGGGAGAUCUUGGCUCCUUCAGGAGGGAAUGAAGAUGGAGGAGUCAGGCUCUUCUCAGCAGCUUUCAGUGACUGGACUAAAUGGACACAGUUAGGGGUUCCAUCUGAACACAAGGUAACAGAUUUUUACUGAGAGGAUGACCAAACACUGGAACAGGUUUCCUAAAGGGUUUGAGGAGUUGCUAUCCCUGGAUACUUAUAGCCUGACUGGACAUUGUGCAGGGCAGCCUGCUCCAGCUGACCAUGUGUGAGCAGAGGUGUUGCACUACAUGGUGCCAGGAGGUUUCUUGUAAGCAAAAUCAUUCUUUGAACUUGGGCUUGGGGGCUUGACAUUUUUUGCUAUGGGUCAUGUUCUGUAAAUGAGGUUUAGCCUAAAGAUGGUGCUCAUGUGACCGUUCCGUAGGGAGCAGGUCUGUGCCAGAUGGGAAAGAUGCACAAAAAACCCUGUAAAAGCAUUUGGCUAGGGCAGGUAUUUAAGGAUCAUGCUGAUCACAAGUAUUCUUUAUUUUCAAAGGCCAAACUUUACUCCCACGAAGAAAAAAAAAGAGCUAGGUCGUAUCUAAAGCAAAGUUUGUUUAAGAGUCAGUGUGGGAUAGGGGUUGCCCAGAAACUUUCUAUGCUUGAAUUGAGUUACUUUUUUAAAAUUCAAAUAUGAGUCCGUUGUCUUUAGAGUUCAAAAGUGCAUAGAGAGAUGGAGAGCCCUCUGUAAUAGUCUAGUUUUAUAAUACAGUAAUAGGGCUGGUUCCCUUGGUUGCAGCAUGGAUUGGUGGAAGAAAUGCCUUGUGGGCAUGCUUUAUUACUUGAGUUUAAAACCAUAAUACAGUGCUUUAACAACACUUUCAAAGGGUUUGGGGUUUGGGAUUUUUUUUGUUGUUGUUUUUCAUAAGAAAGUAUUUCAAGAUUUGCUGUCAGCCUUUUGCCUGUGGAAAUGUAGAGGUUAUCUGCUCUGUUGGGUAGCCUACAAAAUAGCAGUGUUGUAUAUGUGACUGCAGAAAGUAAAUCAUAUGGAAGUUGGGAUUUAAUUUACAGUAAUUUUUACAUGAGUGUAAGAAUAAUCCCAUUUUUUAAAGGAGUAGAAUUUGUGUGAGUUAUUGUUCAAGUCAAUUUUUCAACUGCAGAUCUCUUCUUGCAGUACCAGUUAGUUGUAGUCCUAAAUCUACAGGAAGUAAACAAUUGCUGGAGCAGUAUUACAAAGAAAAAAAAAUUGCUGCUUAGUGCUUCUGCAUAUUGUUAAUACUAUAUAUUGUUUGUUGAAAAAUUUCCAUUUCAGUAUGUUCCGUAUUGCAUUUCUUAUGUGGUUUUUAAGUAAAAAGUGUAAAGUUGGUUUUUAACUUUCUCUUAUAUUUUGUUAUGAUGGCAAAUGCUACAAGCUACACAACUUUAAAGCAUAUCAACCUAAAAUACCUAUUUGUCCGUUUAAAAGCUAAUGGAAUCAAGCAUUUUGUAAUCCAGGAUCUUGUAACCAUAUCCAACUUGUAAAAAAAAAAUUACAGCAACUAAGACUAUUUUUUUUGUAACCAUCUUCAGGUAAGAGGAGUAGUGUUAAAUUGAGGAAUUGCAGUAUCUUGUGUAUUUAGAGGUGUAUAUAUAUAUAUAUAUAUAUGUGUAUAGCAAACUAAACUUUUCCAACUGUUUUCAAGCUCAAAAUACAAAACUUAUAGAACUGGUAUGAAAUAAAUGCUUGUAUUUCUUUUCUUAUGGAGAGAUAAAGUAUAUGUUUCAGAAACCAGCAUGUAAAAUUACUUCAAAAUAUGAGAGGAAGCAUUAAUAUCUGUCUAAUCCAGGAUUCACAAAAAAUAUUUUUCUAAUCAAAAAUGUGCUUAAAAGCUAUGUUUUAAAACCCACUUGAUUAUUUAAUAAAGCUACUUGGGAGAAGGAAGCAAAUACUCAGUCAACUACUAUAUUUGUAACUACUGAAAUACAUGAAAAUAAAAUGGUCAUUCAUGAAACUGGGAUGGGUUUUUGAUCUCUUGAAGGUUGCUUAGGUGCCAUAGAAAGUAGAAGUCAUUACUUGCUUUGGAAUUCAUCCAGCAAGUCUGAAAACCUCUGCUUCUAAAGAUCCUUUUUUAAUCUCACCAACAUGAAGCCUUAGGAUACCCUCAAGCUGUUGGAAGAGUAGGUCAAGCUACAUUGCAACCCUUUCUCCUUCCUGCUGCUGUGGUGCUCUGCUUGCUCCACAGCUUUCUGCUCUCCUGAGGGGGUUAGCAUUCCAUUCUUUCAGCCAUUUUGUAGUGCUGGAAGCUUCCUGAGGCCUAUUUGAAGAAAUGCACUCUGUUGUUUUCUAGUAUGUGCAUCUUAUAUGCUAGUCUGACUCAGCAGAAGCAGACUUUUUUGGGAUCAGAUAGGUUUUCCUUAAACAGUGAAAUUUGCUAAACUUAGGGUGAAAUUCUCUGCACUUGAAUUCAUGUGCUAGACCUAAAAAAUAUUUUCCAUGAACAUGAUACAGUAAGUAUAAUUAAGAGACAGUUCUACUUUUCCAGUCAGUAAGUGCUAGUCUUCUUCUGCAGCUGAUAUGAGUGGUUCUUACUGUAUUGUUUACUGAACACAUCCUACAGAACCAGGGAGUUUGUCAUACAGCCACUUACUGUUCAGCACCCAAACUGGGCAGAUAGCGGCACUAAUCCCCUCAUGAGGUGCAGAAUCUCAACCCUUUAUUGUCAGAUUGCUCAGCAAUUGACUCUUGGAUGGCAUGAUUUGUUUCUUUCAGGCUUCUCCAGUUAAUUGCUCUAUUAUUUGAACAGUGAAAAUAGAGAUCUGUUGUUGAUCCCCUUGGGUGUGGAAGGGGAAAUGCCUUGUGCUUGUUGCCCUGGAAAUUCUGGCUUACCCAAGGGAGGAGCUGUACAAACAACGAUCUUGUUUAGUCAUGCCUGAUUGCUUUAUCAAGGACAAACUGCCACGUUCACACACUGCUGCCCUGCAUUCAAAAACCCUCAACACCACCCAACCAGCCCCUGAAAUACCUACCUGAGUAAGGGUAGGUAGCCCAUGUGUAGUGAAACACUCACUGAUAGUGGCAUUUCAUAGCCAGCAAGGUGACUGUUCACAUACAUUCUCCACGAAUUAUGGUUGUUGCAUGCCACGAGUUUUGCAUCCCAAGUAUUAUGUGUGAGAAACUGAGGAAUGGGGUAGCCUGUAGUGUGCAAUAUACUUGGGAUGAAAGGAUUAAAUCAAUUUGUCUUUUUUUCAAGUACACGGUUUAUUUUUCUUUCUAAAACCAAGGCUAAUAGCAAUUUUAUUUCAGUUGUUAACUCUCUGCAAAAAGUUAAUUUGAAGUCAUUUUUGGGUCCUUAGUAUCCUGAGUCGCUGGAGGCUUAUUUGGAUCUGUUGAUCUAGUGUGCAUUAAUUUGGCAGAUGAUUCCUUCGAAGGUGCACAUUCAAGGGGGUCUGAAAAUAGGAUUUCUUGUAGUUGGAGCAAGUGUCUUCUGUCCAUUACAGCCUUCUUUUCAUUGAGGUUCUCCUUCAGCAGACUAAUUUACAGGUCUACAAUCCACUCAGCAUUGUGUUAUGGUGAUCAAAUGUAAAUCAUUGAAACUGCUAAUCCAUCAUCUGAGCAAUAUUAAUAAAUAAUACUUGAAGAUUAGGAAAAAGAAGUCCAUGGUAAUAAACCUUUUCAGUAACAGAGAUGAAACUGAGUGUUCAACACUUCUUUACCCUUCCUUCCAAAGCAGGGGACUGCUAUGGCAAUUUUAUGUAUGUGCUUUUCUAGGUUUAGGUUUUGAAAAUAGGCAUUGUGCAGUGUCAUCUUCCUCUGAUUUAAAUGUCACAAGAAAGGUUUCAUUUCACCUGUUACAUCAUGUAACAAAUGAUGGCAUAUACAUGCUCCAUGCUGUUUGUGUCUUCAGUUUAUUUGAUCAGCUCCAUUGCCCUCAUCAUUUUUUCUUUCCAUAUUUAAAAGCUGAUGCCAUGGCUCCAAGCUGUAGGUAGGAUCAGCAUAGUUUUUGUACCAACUUCAGCUGUUUUUCUCCAUCCACCUCCAUAUGAGGCACGGAAAUACACUUCCACUGAAGAAAGUUUUGCAACAGAUAGCUAAAUUAGGACUGUUAAUGUCUGUGAAUUAUUUUUAAAUAAAUCUGCACAACCUCUGU